UGUGGGGCGGAGUCUGCUGCAGGGGAGCUUUCUAAGCCGAGGAACUGGCGGGCGCUUGCGAUGGAGUCGGUUGCUGUGGAGAGUGUCCCAGCUCUGGAGAAUGAGCACUUCCAAGAGACCCCGGAAUCGAAUAAUAGUGUGUAUACCUCCUUCAUGAAGUCUCAUCGCUGCUAUGACCUGAUUCCCACAAGUUCCAAGCUGGUUGUGUUUGAUACGUCCCUGCAGGUAAAGAAAGCCUUCUUUGCCCUGGUGACUAACGGUGUUCGAGCUGCCCCCUUGUGGGACAGUAAGAAGCAGAGCUUUGUGGGCAUGCUGACCAUCACCGACUUCAUCAACAUCCUCCACCGCUACUACAAGUCAGCCCUGGUACAGAUCUACGAACUGGAGGAGCACAAGAUAGAGACUUGGAGAGAGGUGUACCUGCAGGACUCCUUUAAGCCGCUUGUGUGCAUUUCCCCAAAUGCCAGCUUGUUUGAUGCUGUCUCUUCAUUGAUUCGAAACAAGAUCCACAGACUUCCAGUUAUUGACCCCGAGUCAGGCAACACCUUGUACAUUCUCACUCACAAGCGCAUCCUCAAGUUCCUCAAGCUGUUUAUCACCGAGUUCCCCAAGCCAGAAUUCAUGUCUAAGUCUCUGGAAGAGCUACAGAUCGGCACCUAUGCCAAUAUAGCGAUGGUCCGCACUACUACGCCUGUGUAUGUGGCUCUAGGCAUCUUCGUGCAGCACCGAGUCUCGGCCUUGCCUGUGGUGGAUGAGAAAGGGCGCGUGGUGGACAUCUACUCCAAGUUUGAUGUGAUCAAUCUGGCAGCGGAAAAGACCUACAACAACCUAGACGUGUCUGUGACGAAAGCUCUGCAGCAUCGCUCGCACUACUUCGAGGGUGUCCUCAAGUGCUACCUGAACGAGACUCUGGAAGCCAUUAUCAACAGGCUGGUGGAAGCGGAGGUUCACCGGCUGGUCGUGGUGGACGAGAACGACGUGGUGAAGGGCAUCGUGUCGCUGUCUGACAUCCUGCAGGCCCUGGUGCUCACAGGUGGAGACAAGCAGCUCUGAGCAUGGGGACAGACAGGCGGCGCCUGGGAACACGGCCCCCUCAGAACUCCCUGCCGGAAGCUUGGGGAGUCGAUGGACUCCUGGGAGAACUGAGUCUGUUCCCUCAGAAGCUCCACGCCCACUAUCUGGAACUAGAGAGGGGGAAGGAGGAGAAAGGACUUUUAGUUUCCCUUACCAUCAUGAGUACACUUGAGAAAACUAUCAGCCAAUCCCAGUCCCUUAGGCAUAGCUCCCUCCUGGGUGAUCCAUGGGCUUUGUGCUCCUCAGGUGGAUUCUGAUCUCUAAGAGAUCUGGAGACCUCACCAUGCCCCGCCCAUCUCUGCCCUUCUUCCACCCAAGAUAAGGGCUCCAAAAGUCUUUAUGAAAUGUUUUUAUUCAUCCUCUUCAUUCUGUGUGGAGGAGGCUGAGUCCAUUUAAUGUCAUUCCUUCCCAUGAGUCUUGUGGGGAGGUGCAUGUCUGGGUCCCUGCGCUGUGUGCACAUGAAGGCAGAUGGUUGUGUGGAGGAGGGCAGUGGGUAGGUAGCCAAGAUUAAUGCUUUUUGUGGCAAAACUAAUUAAAUGACAAGGUUUUCAUCAUGGUA